ACGCGGAAACAAUGAGGAAUUUUCUCACCGGGAUUUCCAGCCAAUCCAGUCUAUAAAAAGAGUGGCUGUUUAACUGGAGAGGCAGAACCAAGGAGGGAGAGAACGGAGCGCAGACAACGAUGGCCAUGUGGAGAGUUCAGCUUGUGUUCGUGCUCUUGUGUCUGCGCGGCGGGGCGGCGCGCCGGCGGAGGCGGGCGGUCACCGAGCUGUGCUUCGACCCGGAGGAGCUGCAGGAUCCGUGCGAAGGGAUGCGGAAGAUCCUGGGCAGGGCCAGCACGGGUCGCUUCCCCGCCUUCGACCUCGUCAAACAGCUGGAGCUGCGGCAGAAGGAGCAGCGGCAGAAGGAGCCGGAACCCUGCCCCAAGCUCGGUUUCCGGCCCCCGGGCAACGCCGACCUCGGGCACCGCUCCAUCUCACCCUGGGAGUACUGGAUCCAAUACGACGCGGACCGCUACCCCACGAAGCUGGCCUUCGCUCGCUGCUUGUGCCAAGGCUGUAUCGACGUGGAGACGGGCGAGGAGACGCGGGCGCUGAACUCGAUGCUCCUGGAGCAGAGCCAGCUGGUGCUGCGGCGGCAACCUUGCCCGGGACAGGAGGGAUUCUACAGCUUCAAGCUGGAGUACAUCAUGGUGCCGGUGGGCUGCACAUGUGUAUUGCCCCGGGGUAACUCAUAGUCCCGGGCGGAGCGAGACCUUCUUCUCCCCCCCCCAUCCCCUCUCCCGCCACUUCCAGGACCUUCCGCCUGGAGUUUACAGCGUCGCGGGUCCGGACAUACAGAAACGUCCUGGCCAACCCGUCGCUCGGCCCGCCGUCGGCGCUGCUGCCCCGGACCUUCCGGGGACAUGGCCGGUGGGGCGAGUGCCUCCUGGUGGGGACCACAUGGACAGUGGCCGCUCUGUGUGAAGGGACCGACUCAUGGAUGAAUUGAAUACCUGUGUAUUUGCAUCAGUUGUCAUCGUGUGACAGCGCUCUUCGCUCUAUUUAAUGUAUUUAUUACAGACCCGCGCUCCCCUUAUCUCCACCGUCACUGAGCAAGGAGAUUGUAUCGGAGAUCUGAUCUGUGAAAGAAUAAGUUGUAUUUAUAAUAAUAAUAAUUUAAAGACAGCAAAGGGGCGCUUCGGCCCAUCGAGUCUGUGCAGGUACUCAUUGACUCUAAUCUCACGUUAUUUAUGCCGUAUUUACACAAGAUGUGGUCACGGCCCGAUUUUACUGUAAUAAUCUGUGAUUUUAUUCUGGAUGUGUACUUUAUAUUAAAGUGUUGAGCUGUGA